UUCUCUGAAGCAUCACCACAUGUACAUUAGUCUUCCUUGCCAGUGGUUCUCAAACCUGCUGCCAGACUCUCUCAUAACAGUGAAACGAUCUCUACAUACACUGAAGCUAACCAUGGCAAAUGUCCAUAUCCUUGUGGAGAAGGCUGGGCCAGCCCCGAUUCCGAUGCCACCAUCAUACACUGGUCCCCCCCAAACUGUGGUAGUUCAACAAAGUCCGCCUGUCCUGCAAACUGCACAGAUUCAUACAGUUCAAAUGCCUGUUUACCAGCAUAGUGCACCCCAGCUUCAGGUUGUGCAACCUGCGGUUGUUGCACCGCGAAGACCGCUCAAGGAUCUUCCUGGUCAGAUGACAUGUCCUAAUUGCCAUACCACUGGUAUUACUCUAGUCCAGUACAAAAAUGGCACGCUCACUUGGAUACUGAUCGCCGUGCUACUGGUGUUGUUCUGGCCCCUCUGUUUGAUCCCGUUAUGCAUUAAAUCAUGCAAGGAUGUGAAGCAUUCCUGCGCCACCUGUGGCGUGCCCCUCUACGUCUACAAGCGCAUAUGAGGCGGGGUAACACACUGUCAACUCUGCACCGGCUAAAAGUGAUUACUCAAACAUAUGAAUCAACGUCUUUCGUGUGAUCAUGUCUCUUGUGAUUGUUACAUUUUUUUUGUACCCACUGUUAUGUGCUUGACUGAUGGCUGUUGCUUUGUCACAUUGUUUUAUUAAUCUGUGAAAUAAUAUAAUAAA